CUCUUGAUUAUAUCCCAUCGUGUCCUUUUAUCCGCUAUCUGUGUAGUUAAUAUUCUAUGCGAUCGCAGCACAAUACGGAUUUGCUAUGUACUGGCCCCGUCCUCGUCGACUCUCUCUCCGUCUCUUUCGAGAGAUUUUUUCGGUAUAUAUGAGAAAAAUUACCAGCCAUUCGCUCGGCCACUGAGUUAGUCAAUCAAUCAGUGAUUGCGUGAUCUCGUUCGCGAUCAGCUGUGUUGCUCACGGCUUCUGAUGACCUUUCCUAUGCCAGCAGAGACGCUACAUGGCUCACUACUUAGCCUCAUCCAUUACUGCCUACGCUUUCAGCUUUGAUGAUAGCUACUACCGCUGCAGCGGUCGCUAGAGGACGGCACCAGCAAAAAAUAUCAGUAGAGAUUAGGUGACUCAACGCAAAGUGGUGCAGGGACUAUUACAAGAAUCUUUUUCCGUGAGCGAAGGAAGACGGUAAGGAGUAGAUCGGCUGUGCGGACGAGAGUGCGAGAACAAGUUUAAGCGGGGCGGCAGACCGUGUUCCACUGCAGUCUCAAACGAACGUUGUCACUCACAAUGUGGGGCAGCACUAAAACGACAACAAAAAUAAAAAAGAAAAGGCCGUAUCAAAAAAAUUUGCCUUUUGAGUACCAUUGCCAUUGACACGGGAUCGAAAAACGCGUACAGGUUAAGCAUUUUUGACGGUGUAAACAGACAAGACUAUUCAAAGCAGUGCUAUAGGACUGUGGAAUCUGCGGAAGGCUAUCAGGCUUAGGUGUUAUUGUGCGACGAAUAGUGCGAACAGUUUCAUAGUGUAGCAACUCGGACGUUAUCGAGUUCGUAUGUCUGCAGCUAAUUCUUGCAAACGUCCCUAGAAAGAUUUAGCUAUAGAAGAUCCGCAUGAGGAUCGCCGACGUUGUUAGGUGCUGGCAGCAGUCGUCGGUCAUUUUAGGACAGAAGAAUCCGAGUGCAGUGUGGAUCUGUAUGAGAUAAGCAAGGAAGCCUAAUUAAUUAUAGAAAAAUAGGCUGUUUCAUGAAUUAAAUAGCGGAAAAGCCAUUGACAUCUGCUAAUAUUGUAUCGCCUCUUUUAGCAGACGAAUCACAUCCGAUUUGUCAGUGUACCGUGACAAGUGCACCCCACCUACUUCUGCUACCACUUCAGAUUAAUCGGGGUCUGAUCUAGUGGCCCACGGUGUCCCGCCUGGAAUCCCCCGGGUCAUCGCAACAACCACGUCCCCUUCAACCAAGAUCCUAAGCCAAGACGCAAUCUACAUCAAUUCAUCAUCGAGUACCCGCUACUGCACAUUCGGUCGAUCCCAAUUCAACCUCAUGUCGACUUCAUUGAUUUUUAACAAUGUACUAAUCGACUAACCUGCCAUACCUGGUGCUCUGUUUUAUUGCCUGCUCCAAAAUAUUGCCUGCUCGCUAUUGAAGCCAUAUAUUUACGCGACAACGUCUUGGACUCAUCCUUGUUUGUGAAUUAGUUCGCUUUAAAAAUCGCUACAUGUUACCACUAUCAGCACCCUUAUCACGACCUAGUACCAUCUACUCUUGUGUUGUGCUGGUAUAUACUGUGUCCAGAUGCUUUCCCUCGUGGGAAGCAAUCUAUUUAAAUUUGAGACAGAGUUAAGAAGACGCCUGUCUCAUCCCUAAAACUAAAGGAAAUACAUAACUAUGUAAUCUAGCGUUAUGGCUGGCGCAAAGAUCGGGCCUCAAGAGAGUUAACCAAGUGGAAACACCUGACGCAGUGAAUUACAUGAAUUGUGCCAUUUUAUAUCGCUCUACUUACGCAAAAGACACGCAGAGGACUAUUUUUUUUUUACUGAUUAUCAGUGCAAGAGUGAAAAAUCAAGAUUGUGAUUCCAAUACGCUUACCCAUUUUCUUAUGUUAUACCAAAUACCGCUUUAGCGAGUGCGUUGGGACCUUAAACAGAAAAUUUUUGAUAAUGAAAUUUUUUAAUGCACCGAAAUUGCGACAUUGUUUCGUAUAAAUCUAAAGUAGUUGCAAAUGAAGUUGCCUGGGGAGUUAGAGAAUACAAAGCGCUCUACUUACAAUCACACAGCUUGUAUAGGAGAUGAGCAAUUUAAUGGAGUCUGUGGCGCCUUGUUCCAUAUGAAAACGUCACACUCUUUGCUCGUACACUGUUAAUGCUGAAUUAAUGUCUGUCAGCUUGUUGGAACAUCAGGUGUUACUGUUUUUGUAGCUAUACACAUCUGGGAAGCUAUAAACUUUCCCUCUUCACACAAUCUCAUGCUUAACCGCGGUCGGCGUCAUGUUCGCAUCUCCUCAAGUCACCAACGCGAAGCUAGCUCAGGCCCGGGCUCAAGGCCUAAGUUUCCUGGGACCGGCACCAAGACCGACUAAUAGUAACCGAGGCCAAGAGCAACGACAUGCGCCGCUUGUUGCCUCUGCCAUCGACAUUCCACCAGCGACAGCGCUAUCCUCUUCAGCUCCAGAGAUCCCGGAGAAACCGCCCAGGAAAAAAUCUGAUCCGGUGUUAAGUUCCUCCGCGCCCGCUUCAGUCGAAGGCGAAAGCGUAAACUCCGCUUCUUCAGGCGCUGAUUGCGAUGGCGAAAAUCGACGUCGGAGACAAGAUUCACGUUCUACGGGAAACACGAGGGCACCCAGUCCAAUCGAAGGUCCCCUAUUAUCCAGCAACCUCAGCCCGGAAACACCUCAACCAUUGAAUGAAGCGGAAUCUCCUCUCGACUGUUCUGCACUUUGCAUCAAUAAAACACAUUUCGCCGAGGAACGUAAUGAAUCCCCGGCACACUUGCUCGUAGGCAGAGAGAAUUCUACUAUUGGUACUAGAGGAGACGUUAAAGAUGAUCCUUCGCCUAAGGAUGGACGUGAAUCAAAAGAUCCUCCCGAGAGGACGCUUCCCUCAAGCAUAUCGGCUUCCACGAUCUCUAUUCAGCCUUCACAGACGUCGGGUGGUUCGGGCGGAAAAGGCAGUUCUCCAGGAUCGACACCGGCCCCUGAAGUGAAGAAAAAAGCGAAGAAGAAUCGAAAACCAGCCUGGUAUCAACAUUUGAUCUCUCCAACGUACAAGUCGAAAUGCGCGGACUUUCGUCGACUGUUUGCCAAGGAAGGAGUUCCCGAGACGGAAAUGCUCAUAGAUGAUUACUCGUGCGCCUUACAAAGGGAUAUUCUGGCGCACGGGCGUCUUUAUGUCUCUCAAAACUUCUUUUGUUUUUACGCGAACAUCUUCAAAUGGGAGACAUGCGUCGUCCUCAAAUGUCAAGAUUUAACCUCAAUGACAAAAGAGAAAACCGCGUUGGUCAUCCCCAAUGCUAUCGUCUGCCAGACGGAAAACGAGAGGUACUUCUUUACAUCGUUCGCGGCCCGUGAUAAAACCUAUCUAAUGUUAUUCCGCAUUUGGCAGAAUGCCCUUCUUGCACAGCCGAUGAGCAACAGAGAAUGUUGGCGUUUGGUGCACCACAGGUACGGCGAUGAGCUAGGCUUAAGUACGGAUGAUGAAAUGGACUACAUCGCUCCUGAUGAUCUCAAUAAUGUUAAGGCCAUCGACGUAAAAAACCUUGCAGAGAUUCCGAUAGAUGAAAGUGAAAUAGCUCAACCCGAUUCACCAUCGCUUCGACCUUUGGCUAAUGUUACUACUGCGAAGACGUCAGGUACGUCUUCAGCCGUCGUAUCGGAAGAUGCCAAGUCUUCAGCGUCCUCUGCUGAAGAAUUGGAUGAAGACGGAGGCUCGCCUGACAAAGACUCUGAAAUACUAGAGUGUCCUGAGAGUCACGACGGUAUGACGCAGUACCUGGACAAGUCAUUUGCUAUGGACAUUGAUCACCUGUUCACAUGCAUAUUUACCGCAUCUGAGUUUUAUCAAGAUCUACAAGCAGGUCGCAAAACUUCAAAUAUGACCAUUGGCAACUGGGAGCGACUCGAGGAUAAGCAGGUCCCAGGAGGCGGAGAAACAGGAUCUGACAAAGGUGGUAACGCACCGAAUUCCCCUGGAGGUGGCCAAUGCAAACAAAAAAGAAACCUUACAUAUACCGUCACCUUGAACCACGCCAUGGCCAAAAGUUGUACUUCUUUCGAAACGCAGAGUUUACAUCGGAAGUCUAAGCCCGGCAAGAUGUACUCUAUUCAAGCCGAAGUUUCCAAUCAGGGAAUUCCCUACGCGGACGCAUUUGUGGUGCAGCAGCAUUAUUGUUUACGGUGUGAAGGCGAGAACCGUUGCCGAUUACAAGUGUUCGCGCAGAUCAACUUCCGUAAACCACCUUGGGGAUUUAUUAAAAGUAUGAUUGAAAAGAACAUGCAUCAGGGAGUUACUGAGUAUGUGGCCGACCUUCAGAAAGCUUUGGACAAAGAAGUGGAGAGACUCGUUAGCGAUAGCGGACGAAUUCCGCCCCCCCUGACCUUAGACGUGCAAACCCCUCCAUCGAUAUCACCCGCCUUCCCCUCGAGACAAAGCGGUGUUUCGGCCAGGUGCAACGACAGGAAAAUUAUCGGACCAGAUGUUGCUACGUGGCCCACUAGGUGGGUUAGUCAAUGGAUUGACCCGACGAUGCUUCUCAAGGUGUUGACUGUAGUCAUUGCAGUUCUGCUCACCAUCAACGGCUAUGUGUUGUAUUCAUACUGGUCACACAAUGAUCAGGGUGAUACCUUAGAACCGACUGAUUUCAGUAAUCGUCCGCCAACUACGAUCGAGCAGUGGAAGAAAGCAUACGAACAAAGCCAGGUUCGGCAUCGACGUCAGUUGGAAGAGGUCAGCCGCUUGGUCGACCGGACCGUCGGCGGCCUCGACAACAUGCAGACGGUAUUCAGACAGCUCAAGAACGUUAUAGCUCAAUGGGGUAAUCACUUGCCGCUAACAAGCUCUUCGAUAGAAGGAUCAACCGCAUCGUCGCUCCACAGAGAACAAUCUCCGGCGUCUUCCUUUCAUACGAGCACAGAAAGUAGUACGUCUCGAGGAGAGUUCUAAAUCCUAUGGAGACAGAAGCAAACGAUUUUUAUGCUUACGCGUUAGUGCCGACGCAAUUCAGCAGGAUGAGCAGCAAGCAAUACUUAACCUGAUUAACGAAACCGAAAAACGCAUAGGUGGGCACCAUCAGUGUGAAAGAGUCUCGCUGUUGUGCUGAUGUCAUAAUCAACAAAAAUGACGUGGUUAUUAUAAUUGUAAUAAAAUUAUUAUGGAUAACUGGAUAGGAACAUGAAGUGCAUUGGUAGUGCACAUCAAGCCUCUUAAGCUGGUGGAUAGCAGCCGCACGGGAUUUUAAAAUCCUGAAAAAUGGAGACUACUUCAUUAGUGGGGUAUGAAUGUGAUGAGUGAUAAAAUUAAAGUUAAUGCAUAUAAUUAUGAAGAAAAACAGCAAUGCAAUGACGUACGCUGGCCAUGCGUAGGGGACGGAGCGAUGGAUCAAGAUUACAGUUAUUAUAGUUAUUUCGUGCUUCCUAUCCUAACCGUUGUUUAAUGUGUUUGGUCAUGGAAAAAGUAUAUGAUGAAUGAAACGAAUGUUAUUUGGAUGUCGUGCAAGGAGAAAUGCUAGAGUAGUUACGCUACAUUUAUAACUACGCGCGUAGCCUGAGUUCAUUAGAACAAAAAUUAUUGAUUGUCAAUUACUGCCUCUGAUAGAGGCUGCACAGGGGACACACUAUAUGUAAUGGGAAGAAAAGUAAUGGUUGAGUGCGUUAUCGAACCCUAUUAUCUGUUGACUCGAACCUGAAUUAUCUAAAAAAUGUUAAUAAAAAAUACUAAAAGCGGGGGGCGCUCGAAAUAGUAUCAUCGAAGCAUGUUGAAAUAAUACGAUAGCUUGGGCAGCUGGUUUAUCCAAGUCAUUACAAACACAUGGAUGUGUAUACAAAAAAAAGAAGCAGCAGUACGAUCAAAACAUAGAAUACGCCAUAUACGUACGCGCUCAGUUCACAAUCCCUACCAGUCAUAUAUUUUCGGGUAAAACUUUUUUAAUUAAAUAUUCUACCUAUUGAUAUUAAUAUAUGUGCAGAAAAAUGUGUUUGUUCAUAGUAUUAAACAUUAUAAUUAACGUAGCUUUUUUACAAUCUGAUCACACAGUUAUUAUUAACAGUUGGAAACGUAAAAGUUACAGUAAGGGACUUUAUUAAAAAUUGACAAUCGCUUAAUUUUUAAGUCAUGUAACAGUUUUUCCGUCUACUCUCGUAGUCAUUUGAUCCCUGUUAUUAUGUAAUUUAAAUUAUAAAAACAAAGUAACAGAUAAUGAUUCUCUUACUGAAUAUUGGUCGUUGUGAAUUACGGGUAAGCUGGUGUUAGCAAUACACGAAGAGACAACAAUGGAAAAUAGUUCGAAAGUUUUUUGCUACUCGCAUUAUUCAUUCACUGGAUGGAAAAGGAUGAUAAUAAAUUAGACAAGAUAUUAUUAU